CUGAGUGUCUCUGCGUCAUCCAGCAGCACUGAGGACUGUCUCCUGAGGACUGUCUCCUGAGGACUGUCUCCUGAGGGCUGUCUCCUGAGGAGUAUCUCAUCCUUCGAUGGACUUUCAGACCAAAACCGGGACGGUUUUCCUGCAGCCACGUAAAAACAACAAAAAAUGGAAGCCGGUGUGGUUGUCUCUGUUCGCCACCAGUACCAGCGGAGUGGGUCGGCUGGAAAUCAAAGAUUCUGGAGGAGGAGGAGACCACAGCCCCGUGCUCCGGAGACACCACCAGACUCUUGGAGACAAGAAGGUGAAGGUGAUCCGCCUGUCAGAGCUGAUCAGUGUCCUCAGACUGCCCCCCAACGCUGAGGCCUGUCCAAUGGAGAACAUGUCCGCGUUCUGCGUGGAGACUCAGGACAGAACGCUGGUGUUUGCUGCUUCAAAGGAGGACUGUGUGGACUGGGUGGACAAACUGUGUCUCUGCAGCUUCCAGAGAGACAGUGGUCCAGCUGUGAACCAGUCUCACAUGGAGGAGAACCAGAUCUACGCCUCGGCAGAUGAAGCUUCUCAGUUCUGGGUGGUGGUCCAGAGAACUGACGCCGCGGCCCGAUGUGGCCUGCAGGGCUCGUACUGGCUGCAGGUGGGACCAGAAUCCCUGCUGCUGAGAGAAACAUCGAAGAAGACGGUUGUCAGUGAGUGGCCGUAUGAACUGCUGAGGCGAUAUGGAAGUGACAAGCUGGUUCUGACCAUCGAAGCGGGCCGGCGCUGCAGCUGUGGACCUGGAACCUUCUUGUUUGAGACCCAGCAGGCCGAUCUAAUAUUCUCUUUGAUGAAGAACAACAUCAAACGGAAGACUUUGCCUGUCGCUUUGGAAAGCCAAACCAAAGAGGGGGAGAAGGUUCCUGCAGUCAACAACCGGGCUCAUUCCCCCAUCCCCAAAGUACCGGACCGGACCAACAUGACUUCCAUACUGGAGACCAUCCCCAGACCUCAGGACAGGAGAUCCCUGGGGUUUGAUGAUGGUGGAAAGCCUCAGGAAGACUUGAUUGGUCCAUCAGAAGCUGCUCCUGCUCCCAUCACUCUCAUGCCCCUCCCACAGAUCCCCACUCAUCACAACAACCAAUCAGAAGCCAUAUACGCCAAGCCAAACGUCUGCGACCUGUCUGAUUUAAAACCCAGACCGACCACAGCGCUAUAUGUGGACCCUGUUGAUGUUCUUCCUCUGAAACCGCCACGGUCCAGAGAAGCUGAUGCUGCUGGUACCGCCUCAUCAGAAGCCAGCCUGAACUCAGACGUUCCAGAUUCAGUUUAUUCAGAGGUCUAUGAUAAAAUCAUUAAAGACCAGAACCAACAAGAACCCCCACUGAGGGCAGGGAAACCAGCAGCGGAGCCCAUCUACACCGAACCCAUCAAAACAGAGAAAGGGUCUGAAACCAGAGAAACCCCCAAACACGACCUGUUCGCCCACCUCUACGCUCAGGUCUGCAAAGCAUCAAGUAAAGCCUCAACAAGCAUCAGCACCGCCUCCUCCAUGUCUGCUUCACCCUCCGUCACCGUUUCCCCGAACAAACCCACCGAGGGACCUGUGGACGACGUCAUCUACGAGAACCUGGGCAUCAUCUGAAGAAAACGUUCUGAAGAACAGCUCAGCCGCUGACGCCACGUUCAGAGCUUUUAAUCUUUAAAAGAACAGACGAGUCAACGUUGAAGCAGUAUUUAUCCUUGAUGUUUAUUAAAGUUACAGCUUCUGAUCAUAAACAGAUCAACAAAUAAGUUUAAUCCCUGAAAAGUCUUUGUUCAACUAAAUCACAUAAACAUUGUCCAGAGGAAGCCAGUUCUACUUUCAGCUGUUUGCACAUUAUGCUCUGGGGUUAUUUUUGUGCAUGAACUAAAAUAGUUUAAAAUUAACUUUCCAGAAAACAAAUAUUUGACAACUGUGACGCGUGAUGAUAACUUCUGCUGCAGAAACCUGUUGUAUUUUUACAAUCCAGUGCUUUCAACAUUUGAUGCUGAACUUUUACAGCCAAAAGAGAUGCUUUAAUUAGAGACGCGAUGGUUGUAGAUCUGAGGCUUCAAGAGAGGACUUCUUUAAUUUUCCUAUACUGUGAUGUAAACUGUGUUAUGUACA